GCUGAAGAUUACAAGAAAUUCUAUGAACAAUUCUCAAAGAAUCUCAAAUUAGGUAUCCAUGAAGAUUCAGCCAACAGAACCAAAUUGAGCGAAUUCCUCAGAUUCCACACAUCCAAAGAGUGGUGAAGAAUUAAUCUCACUCAAGGACUAUGUCGGGAAAAAUGAAGGAAGGAUAAAAGGAUAUCUUCUUCAUUACUGGAGAAUCCAAAGCCUCAGUUGCUGCUUCACCAUUUGUUGAAGCCUUGAAGAAGAAGGAUUAUGAAGUCCUCUAUAUGAUUGACCCAAUUGAUGAAUACGUCAUCCAAUAAUUGAAGGAAUUCGAUGGAAAGAAAUUGAAGAAUUGCACAAAGGAAGGCUUAGACUUAGAUUAAACUGAAGAUGAGAAGAAGAAAUUCGAAGAAUAAAAGUCAGCAUUUGAAGGAUUAUGCAAAUUAGUCAAGGAAAUCUUGGGAGACAAGGUUGAAAAGGUCUAAUUAGGAUAAAGACUCGACUAAUCACCAUGUGUCUUAGUCACCGGUGAAUAUGGAUGGUCUGCCAAUAUGGAAAGAAUCAUGAAGGCUUAAGCUUUGAGAGAUCCAUCAAUGAGCAGUUACAUGAUGUCCAAGAAGACAUUAGAAAUCAAUGCCAAUCACCCAAUCCUCACUGAAUUAAAGAAGAAGUCAGACAAGGAUAAGAGUGACAAGACAGUCAAGGACCUCAUCUGGUUACUCUAUGAAACUGCCCUUCUUACUUCUGGAUUCAGUCUUGAUGACCCAACUCACUUUGCCAACAGAAUCCACAAGAUGAUCAAACUCGGUUUAUCAAUUGAUGAUGCUGGUAUUGAAGAAGAAGAUGAGAAACUUCCAUAAUUAGAGAAAAAGGAAGAUGCUAACACCGAAGCCACCAAAUCAAAGAUGGAAGAAGUUGAUUGAUUUAUGUUCAUUGUGUGUUUAAAUAUACAGUAAUUUAACAUUAAAUAACUUUAAUUCCUUUAA